UCAUCAGUAUCAUUCUAAUUCUCAUAUUCAGUGGAUUCAUUUCAUCAAUCACUUUGCCUUUCUGAUCAUAAUCACCAAAAUGCCAACCAUGAAUCCAGUUCGUUUCAAAUACAUGCAAGCCAUAAUAAUAUUUAUGAUGUUGCAGGUUGUUGUUUCUGCUCAAGACCAUAUUAUGUGCAUUCAGACUGAGAGGGAAGCACUCCUCCAAUUCAAGGCUGCCCUUGUGGAUGACUAUGGCAUGCUCUCUUCUUGGACCACUUCUGAUUGCUGCCAAUGGCAAGGGAUUCGCUGCUCCAACCUCACCGCCCAUGUUCUAAUGCUCGACCUUCACGGUCAGGUUAAAUUUUCACAUGCCUUCGCUGAUGAUAUCACUGAUAUUGUCUGGCAACGUUAUAUCAGAGGAGAGAUCCACAAGUCGUUGAUGGAGUUGCAACAAUUAAACUAUUUAAACCUCAGUUGGAAUUAUUUUCAAGGCAGAGGAAUCCCAGAGUUUCUUGGUUCUCUCACCAACUUGAGAUACCUUGAUCUGUCACAUUCUGAUUUUGAAGGAAAAAUUCCAACUCAGUUUGGCUCUCUUUCUCAUUUGAAAUACUUAAAUCUUGCUUCGAAUUCUCUGGAGGGUUCAAUCCCACGUCAACUUGGAAAUCUCUCCCAGUUGCAGCAUCUUGAUCUCAGCUACAAUUCUUUAGAAGGAAAUAUACCCUCUCAACUUGGAAAUCUCUCCCAGUUGCAGCAUCUUGAUCUCAGCGCCAAUCAAUUUGAAGGAAAUAUACCCUCUCAAAUUGGAAAUCUCUCCCAGUUGCAGCAUCUUGAUCUCAGUGGGAAUUCUUUUGAAGGAAAUAUACCCUCUCAAAUUGGAAAUCUCUCCCAGUUGCAGCAUCUUGAUCUCAGUUGGAGUUCUUUUGAAGGAAAUAUACCCUCUCAAAUUGGAAAUCUCUCCCAGUUGCAGCAUCUUGAUCUCAGCUACAAUUCUUUUGAAGGAAGUAUACCGUCCCAACUUGGGAACCUUUCAAAUUUGCAGAAGCUUUAUCUUGGAGGAUCAUUUUAUGAUGAUGAUGGUGCUCUCAAAAUUGACGAUGGAGGUCAUUGGCUGUCUAAUCUCAUUUCUUUAACCCAUCUUUCCUUGCUCUCCAUAUCUAAUCUCAACAAUUCUCAUAGCUUCCUCCAAAUGAUUGCCAAGCUACCAAAACUUAGAGAACUGAGUUUAACUGAUUGUAGCCUUUCCGAUCAUUUUAACCUUUCAUUGAGGCCCUCUAAAUUCAAUUUUUCUAGUUCCCUUUCCGUCCUUGAUCUUUCCUUCAACAGCUUCACGUCAUCAAUGAUACUCCAGUGGCUGUCUGGGUGUGCCAGAUUCUCGCUCCAAGAAUUGAACUUAAGCGGAAAUCAAAUCAACGGUACGCUUCCUGACCUUUCAAUAUUUUCUGCCUUGAAAACAUUGGAUCUUUCACAAAAUCAAUUAAAUGGCAAAAUUCUAGAGAGUACCAAAUUGCCACCUCUGUUGGAGUCUUUGUCAAUCACUUCAAACAUUUUAGAAGGUGGAAUUCCCAAAUCAUUUGGGAAUGCAUGUGCUUUGCGCUCAUUGGACAUGUCUUAUAAUAGCUUGAGUGAAGAGCUUCCAAUGAUAAUCCAUCACUUGUCUGGAUGUGCUAGAUAUUCAUUGGAACGAUUAUAUCUAGUCAAGAAUCAAAUCAAUGGCACACUACCCGACCUCUCAAUAUUCUCAUCUUUAAGAGAAUUAUAUCUUGAUGGAAACAAGCUAAAUGGAGAGAUUCCUAAAGAUAAUAAAUUUCCACCUCAACUGGAGCAACUAGAUUUGCAAUCAAAUUCCUUGAAGGGUGUGCUCACUGACUAUCAUUUCGCUAAUAUGUCUAAGUUAUACUUCUUGGAGUUAUCUGACAACUCUUUAUUGGCCUUGGCAUUUAGCCAAAAUUGGGUCCCACCAUUUCAGUUGAGCCACAUAGGAAUGCGAUCUUGCAAGCUAGGUCCAGUAUUUCCCAAAUGGUUGGAGACACAAAAUCAAUUUCUGAAAAUUGACAUUUCAAAUGCUGGAAUAGCAGAUAUGGUUCCAAAGAGGUUUUGGGCUAAUUUAGCAUUCCAAGAAUUGAUUUCAAUGAAUAUUUCAUACAAUAAUCUCCAUGGUAUAAUUCCAAAUUUUCCAAUAAGGAAUAUUCAAGAUUCCCUAAUUCUUGGAUCAAAUCAAUUUGACGGCCCUAUUCCACCAUUUCUGCGAGGUUCCCUGUUUCUUGAUUUAUCCAAAAAUCAAUUCUCAGAUUCUCUUUCAUUUUUAUGUGCUAAUGGUACAGUUGAAACUUUGUACGAAUUAGACCUUUCAAAUAAUCAUUUCUCUGGAAAAAUUCCUGACUGUUGGAGCCAUUUCAAGUCAUUAACUUAUUUGGACUUAAGUCACAAUAAUUUUUCAGGAAGGAUACCCACAUCCAUGGGAUCUCUUCUUCAUCUUCAAGCAUUGCUAUUGAGAAACAACAACUUAAUAGAUGAGAUACCUUUCUCCUUGAGGAGUUGCACAAAUCUAGUAAUGCUAGAUAUUGCAGAAAACAGAUUAUCAGGGCUUAUCCCUGCUUGGAUUGGGAGCAAAUUACAAGAGUUGCAAUUUUUAAGUUUGGGAAGAAAUAAUUUCCAUGGAAGUUUACCAUUGCAAUUUUGCUACCUAAGUGACAUUCAACUCUUGGAUGUCUCACUAAACAGCAUGUCUGGGCAAAUUCCUAAAUGCAUAAAAAAUUUUACUUCAAUGACUCAAAAGACAUCUUCAAGAGAUUAUCAAGGUCAUUCAUAUCUUGUCAAUACCAUGGGCAUUUCUCUUAAUUCUACAUAUGAUUUGAAUGCACUCUUGAUGUGGAAAGGUUCAGAACAAAUGUUCAAAAAUAAUGUGUUACUACUUUUAAAAAGCAUUGAUCUCUCAAGCAAUCACUUUUCUGGAGAAAUUCCACUGGAAAUAGAGGAUUUAUUUGGAUUGGUUUUAUUGAAUUUAUCAAGAAACCAUUUGGCCGGAAAGAUUCCUUCAAAUAUUGGAAAGCUAACAUCACUUGAAUCUCUUGAUUUGUCAAGAAACCAGUUGGUUGGUUCAAUUCCUCCGAGUCUUACUCAAAUUUAUUGGCUCAGCGUGUUAGAUUUGUCACAUAACCAUCUAACUGGAAAAAUUCCAACCAGCACACAGUUACAGAGUUUCAAUGCCUCGAGUUAUGAAGAUAAUCUUGAUCUUUGUGGACCGCCACUUGAAAAAUUUUGUAUUGAUGAGAGACCAACACAAAAACCCAAUGUUGAAGUUCAAGAGGAUGAAUAUUCACUUUUGAGUCGUGAAUUUUACAUGAGUAUGACAUUUGGAUUUGUUAUAAGCUUUUGGGUGGUGUUUGGCUCAAUCUUAUUCAAGCGUUCUUGGAGACAUGCCUAUUUCAAGUUCUUGAACAAUCUAUCAAACAAUAUUUAUGUUAAGGUAGCAGUAUUUGCUAGUAAAAUAUCAAAAGUGCAUGGCUGAAGCUUAACAGGUGCCAGCUUGUUGAGGUGGAAAAUGCAAAGAGACACUUUUGGAGGUGAGAAGGCAUCUCUCACAGUUGGAUUUGGAGACCGAGAGAGAAUUAAGGAAGGCUUCUAGAGCUUGAGGGAGCCAAUUGUGAUUGUGAUCCAUCUAGUUUAUUUUCCUUUUUACUUUCUAAGCAUUUUGUUUGUAGUUUAGCCUUUAAAUCUGAACUAGUUGUUUUGUAUGAAGUUGAUGAAUCUUCACAAUAAUGGGAAUUAAGAUGUUUGGUUAUUGUUUCUUGAUU